GCGGCCGAGGAAGACUCGGCCUCACCCCCCGGCGCCGCCAGCGACGCGGAGCUGGGCGACGAGGAGCGGCCGGGGCUGCAGGUGGACUGCGUGGUGUGCGGGGACAAGUCGAGCGGCAAGCACUACGGCGUCUUCACCUGCGAAGGCUGCAAGAGCUUCUUCAAGCGGAGCAUCCGCCGCAACCUCAGCUACACCUGCCGGUCCAAUCGUGACUGUCAGAUAGACCAGCAUCACCGGAACCAGUGCCAAUACUGCCGCCUCAAGAAAUGCUUCCGGGUGGGCAUGAGGAAGGAGGCGGUCCAGCGUGGCCGCAUCCCGCACUCGCUGCCUGGUGCUGUGGCCGCCUCCUCGGGCAGCCCCCCGGGCUCGGUGUUGGCUGCAGCGGUGGCGGGCGGGGACCUCUUCCCGGGGCAGCCUGUGUCGGAGCUGAUCGCGCAGUUGCUGCGUGCCGAGCCCUACCCCGCAGCGGCUGGGCGCUUUGGCGGGGGCGGCGGUUCGUCGGGCGCAGUGCUGGGAAUCGACAAUGUGUGUGAGCUGGCAGCACGGCUGCUGUUCAGCACAGUGGAGUGGGCACGCCACGCGCCCUUCUUCCCUGACCUGCCGGUAGCCGACCAGGUGGCGCUGCUGCGUCUGAGCUGGAGCGAGCUGUUCGUGCUGAACGCUGCGCAGGCGGCGCUGCCCCUGCACACAGCGCCGCUGCUGGCCGCAGCUGGUCUGCACGCCGCACCCAUGGCCGCUGAGCGCGCUGUGGCCUUCAUGGAUCAGGUGCGCGCCUUCCAGGAGCAGGUGGACAAGCUGGGCCGCCUGCAGGUUGACUCCGCAGAAUACGGCUGCCUCAAGGCCAUUGCGCUGUUCACACCUGAUGCCUGUGGCCUCUCGGACCCCGCACAUGUGGAAAGCCUGCAGGAGAAGGCACAGGUGGCCCUCACUGAGUAUGUGCGGGCCCAGUACCCAUCCCAGCCGCAGCGCUUUGGGCGCCUGCUGCUGCGGCUCCCCGCCCUGCGUGCUGUCCCUGCCUCCCUCAUCUCCCAGCUGUUCUUCAUGCGCCUAGUGGGCAAGACCCCCAUCGAGACGCUGAUCCGAGACAUGCUGCUGUCCGGAAGUACCUUCAACUGGCCCUACGGCUCAGGCCAGUGACUGGACAGGACCCAGGGCACCAUGGCAGGGUCUGCAGACCUCAAGGGAUGUGGCUGCUCGAGCCUCAGGGGCGAUCCACAGACAGAGGACCCCAGCCUCUCUCCUCAGACUAUUUUUUAAAGACUGUGAAAUGUUUGUCUUUUCUGUUUUUUAAAUGAUCAUGAAACCAAAAAGUGACUGAUUGUCCAGGCUCUGGCCUCGUCCUCCCUAGAACCUACUGGCCAAGAUGGGGGGAGGGACUGAGGUUCCAAUCCUUGGACAGUCUUGUCCCUCAGUGCCUCAGGCAUGAACUCAUGGGAUGGUGGAGUUGGCUUCCUGCUGUGAUGGACAGAGGCCUGGUGUCUAGACUGGAGGGGCAGCUGCAGCCAGGCAGGAGUCGCGUGCACCAGGUAGCUUCUCUGUACACAUGAUCCACGUUGGACACUACAUGGUAAAUGAAUCAAGGCCAAUAAUAAAGGUGUUUCCUACCUGCA